UUGCCAUGUUUCGGGGCUCACCGCUGCAGGCUGAGGUCAUCAAAAAGAGACCGAAAGCAUAGAGAGGGAUAACUUGCAAAAGGCAGAGCUCUCUGCUACUGUAGAUGGGGCGCUGGAUAUGUUGCCUUUGCUCCAGAGUUACAGAUUCGUUGAUGCUGCUCCUGGUUUUGGCUCUGAGCUGUAACCCUUCCACAGCAGCAACAGCUUCUUCGUCUACACCCCACGUCAAACCCAGCUACAGUUUUGGCCGGACUUUCCUGGGACUUGAUAAAUGCAACGCCUGCAUUGGGACAUCCAUUUGCAAGAAAUUCUUUAAAGAAGAAAUAAGGUUUGACACCUGGCUUUCUUCUCGUUUAAAGCUGCCCCCCAGCUACCUGCUCAGCUACUCGGGCAACUACACCGACGAUGCCAAGAGCUGGCGGCUGGUCGACAUCACCCGGCUGACUUCCAAGUACCGGCACGACCGGGCCGACAAGCGCAUCUGCACCUCCCUGCUAAAGACGAAGACCUGCAGCCUGGAGCGUGCCCUGCGCCGCACGCACCGCUUCCAGAAGUGGCUGCGGGCCAAGCGCCUCACCCCCGACCUGGUCCAGGGCCUGUCUAGCCCAAUGCUGCGCUGCCCGUCCCAGCGUCUCCUGGACAGGAUAGUGCGGCGCUAUGCUGAGGUGCCAGAUGCUGGCAGCAUCUACAUGGACCACCUCACCGACCGGGACAAACUGCGCCUCCUGUACACGCUGUCAGUGAAUUCGCAUCCCAUCUUGUUACAGAUCUUCCCUGACGUGGAGGGAUGGCCCUUCCCGCGGUACCUGGGCUCCUGCGGGCGGCUGGUGGUCAGCGCCAGCACCCGGCCCCUGCGUGACUUCUACGGCGCGGCCCCCGAGGUGGCCGCCGACCUGGCCCUCCAGCUCCUCGCCGUCCUCCGCUCCAUGGGCACCAACGACCUCAACUAUUUCUUCUACUUCACCCACGUGGACGCUGGCACCUUCGGCGUGUUUAGCAACGGGCAUCUGUUCAUCCGGGAUGCCAGCACGCUGGGCAUCAUCGACAAGGAGGAAGGGAGCCAGCUGAUUGACGGCCAACAGGAGUAUAAAGAUAUAUUUAGCUGUUUGACUGUGGACUGCCAGUCUGCAUUUGUGUCCUGUAACUCCAUCAGAGAGAAGCACAGCCUCGUCAUGGUGUGUCAAGAGCUUUUGCCGAAGCUGCUGAAGGGGAAAUUCCUGCAACCUGUGCAGGAGAAAAUAGACAGCUUCCUGCAGCACUGCGCCGACGGCCUCGCCGAUGACCAGGGUGUCAAUGAGGCGGUUGCAAAGCUGGCAGAGCUCCUGAAACCUCUGCGGUCUUGCGAUUCCCGUUUUGCCUACCGCUACCCUGACUGCAAAUACAGUGACAAAUACUGAUGGCUUCGGAAGAGGAGGACUGGGGCAGUGUCAGCCUCCUGCCAGUGCAGGAAGCAAGAAGGAACCAGGGUAGCUGGAAAGAGCUGCACCAAAUCUGGGGCUUCCUCAUCAAGGCGGAGGAGGAGGGAGCAGAGUGCACAUGGGAUUUAUUGUUCAUCUCCCAGAGAUGCAUUUGUUACAUUGGAUGUUAGACAUGAUGUAAGGCUUAUGGAUUAUUAGCAUUAUCGUGAGUGACAGGGGCUACAGGAUUAAUAAAUCUCAUUCAUGUAUUUUGGCCUUGGAAGAGUUUUCCAUGCCAUUCGUUAAAAAGAAACCCUCUGAAGGCAGCAUGCUCACAACUAGCUAGAUAGAGGAGCUUUAUUACCAAGAAAGCCUUUCUGAUUGAGAUGAUAUAUACAUAAUGUGCGAUGGAUGGAAGCAUUUAAGACUUCCCUGUGGGGAUUUUUAAUGCGCUAAAAAUCAUAGAUAAACUGAACCACUGGAUCAGUUCCGUACCAUCACCCAUCACAGAUCACUUUUAUAAAAUAUUUAAAUUUUCUUACUUUUAUGGCACACGGAACAGAAAGGCGCAAUCAACAGCAUUAAAAAGCUGAAAGGUCCCAUGUCUCUUGAGACUUAAUUUCUCUAAUCCCCAAAUAUAAUUACUUUUAGUCUUUCCCAAGUUGACAGGCAGUAAUUGGAGACUAAUAAAGGUUUUUGUUUUAAGACCA